GUACUGCGUCAUUUCGAUUGCGAGCUUGUUUGGCAUUUUGACGCCGGAGCUCACGCUCGGCGUCGCCGACUUUGUGGCCGCGUGCCAGACGUACGAAGGUGGCUUCGGGCCCAUGCCGUACCAGGAAGCGCACGGCGGCUACACCUUCUCGGGCGCGGCGAUCCUCUCGAUCUUGAACGCGCUGGACCGGGUCAACAUCCCCGCCCUCACGCACUAUGUCGCGCACCGUCAAAUGGCCGUCGAGGGCGGGUACCAAGGCCGUACCAACAAGCUCGUCGACGGGUGCUACAGCUUCUGGAUGGGGGCGGUGCCUGCGCUCUUGGCCCCGUACACGCGUGGCAUCUACGUGAGCGACCGCGCAGCCCACCAACGCUACAUCUUGUUGUGUGGCCAACAGCUCGAAGGCGGUCUCCGCGACAAGCCGGGCAAGCCUCGCGACCACUACCACUCGUGCUAUGUUCUGAGUGGCCUAUCGCUCUCGCAGCACGGGGACGGCCGCCCCGAGACACCCGUCUUUAUUGCGGGGUCGCCCGAGAACCGCGUCGAGCCCACCCACCCCGCGUACAACAUUUCGCACGAUAAGGUGCUCUUGAUCCAGUCGUAUUUCGCAGAGAAAGUGGCCGGUGCGACCCGCAUCGAGGUCCUCGAAGAGACUAUGGAUUAGAUGCAGCUGCGACUCCUACGAUAACAAAG